AGUCCAUCAAAUUCAAAUAUUAUGUACUCUUUUUAUUUGUUUUAACUUUUAAGAACACAUAAGUAAAAUAAAAUAAAUUAUUUUGUCAGCUUUUUCUUGGAAACCUUAUAGAAGAAGAAAAUUCUUUGAAAAUGUUGUGAAAAAAUUUCACGGUCAAACAUCAUUUUUUCCCAUCAUUAACAGCUAAUGCCUUUUUGAGCUCUUUUCAAUUGGAUCUGGUCACAAUCCAACACCCUUUUGAAAAUUCCUGCGUACAUUUUGGGAUUUUCUUGUUUCAUUUAAAUUUUGAUCGGGUCCUUUCAGAGCUCAUUUUUAUUAAUUCUUGGUGGGUUUCUGCUAAUUUGUUGUUUAAUUCCAUUUUUUGGUCUCUUUAAGGGAAAUUAAAUUCUGGGUUUUGGUUUGUUAAUUUAGUUCUAGUUCAAAGUUUCAAUCUUUAGGAUAAUUUUUUAUUUGGGUUUUAGAUAAUUUUGUGUAUAGAGAUUGGUGAUCAGGUAGUUUUUUUAAGUUGGUUUUGCAUUUUAAGGGUAGGGUUUAGCUUCUGUAAAGGGGUUUAGUUAAUGAUGAAAUGAAAAGUCCAGUGUGUGUUGAGAAUGUUGAUUCAGCUACAAAUGGUUCAAAUGAAGUCAAAUUGUUUGAUGUUCUUGGUGAUUCUGGUUUGUGCAUCUUUGGUUGGUGGGUUGGAAUACAAAAAAAGGACACAAGCAGUGUUUUGGGAUCAAUUACUUGAUCCGGUGACCGGGGACGGUCAUGAAAGCAUGGUAGAGCUAUUGUGGAUCGAAUGCAAGGUAGAUUUGAUUAAAUUUAGGGAGGCUAAUGAAGGUCUCAACUCAUGUCUUCCAGAGGAGAUACCUGGUGUGGCCAGUGAAAGUGAUUCAGAGGGUAUUUCAGUGGAAAAAGAACAGUUUUGGAACUUGAUUAGAGUCCGGCAUCCUGAGUUAAAGAAAACUCUUCUGAAUUGUAUGAGAAAGAAUAGUAUUCUCUUUCAUGUUUCUCGAGAUGGUCGCUAUAACAGUCACCAGGCAAGUUAUCUUAAUAACUUGUUAGCUAGACCAGUUGUUCCACAGAGGAACUUGCUUCAGAGCAUUGCAGAGACACCAUUCCCGGCGAGUGGGUCAUUUCCUGCAACUGGAUCAUUCCUUGCAACUGGAUCGCCUCUCUCCAGUCCUGCACCGGCACCGGCUCCUGAUGUGGCACCUUCUCCAGUUCCUGCUCUUUCAAGUCCUCCUGCUCCAUCUCCACAAGCACCUUUUUUCCCUAGAGGAGGCGACGAACCACCACCUGCUCCAACUCCAAAUGCAGAAACUAUUUCUGGUAGUCCAAUUCCUGAUCCAACUGUUAAGCCAAGUGGUAGUGGAAAUAAACAUAAAGAAGUUAUCAUUGCAGUAGUUGUGACUGCUGCAGUGACAUUUGCCUUUGCAGCACUCUUCUUUUUUUGCUGUACUAAGAUUUGUAAGCGAGGCUCUACAGCAAGAUUGAAUGAUGAAAGACCUCUACUUAGCCUAAGCUUAAGUGACUACUCCACCGGCUUUUCUUAUAAGAAUUUUGGUACCGUAGCUUCUACAAAUGAAGAUAAAGCUGACCAUCACUCCUUCAAUAACACCCCAAGCAUUGAUAGAAAGAACUCACCUUUGAAUAGCGUAAAUUCUGAUGCUUUUCAUGUGUCAGUAGCUGAAACUGCAUCCAUGGGAGCUGUUGGUGCUGCCAAAUUCUCUGCUGAAUCAAAUAACAGAACUAGCAAUACAGUUGGACAUGUACCUCCUCCUGGCUGGGGGAACAACAUGCCUCCUUUGAAGCUUCCCCCAGGAAAGGCAGUCCCCCUUCCUCCUGAACGACCUGCUUCUCUUAGACCUCCUGCAAGCCACGCUGGUCCGUCUCCUUCUCCCCCUCCACCUCCCCCAUAUGCACAAUCUCAUCCUGCAAAAGCUUCUUCUAGUGUGGGUCCUCGCCCUCCUGGACCACCUCCUCCGCCACCCAUGGCUCCCAGUGCCAAAUCUGGUCCUCCGCCACCCAUGGCUCCCGGUGCCAAAUCUGGUCCUCCGCCACCACCACCUCCAAAGAGCGGUCAUGGUCCUCCCCGACCUCCGCCACCAUCCUCUAUGGGUGGAAAGGCCCCUCGUCCACCCAGUGGAUUGAAGCUUCCAUCGAAUGCAGCAUCUAAUGAAGGAAAUGGUGAUGCUAAUAGUUCCAAAGCCAAGCUGAAACCUUUUUUCUGGGAUAAAGUUCUGGCGAAUCCAGAGCAAUCAAUGGUUUGGCAUCAGAUUAAAUCAGGAUCAUUCCAAUUCAACGAGGAGAUGAUUGAAACUCUGUUUGGAUAUGCAGCUUCUAACCAAAACAAAUAUGACACCAAGAAAGAUUCUUCUUCUCAAGAUCCUUCAACUCAGUAUAUUCAAAUACUCGACCCCAAAAAGGCACAAAAUUUGGCAAUUCUUCUACGGGCUCUAAAUGUUACAAUAGAAGAAGUCCGUGAUGCACUUCAUGAAGGAAACGAGCUUCCUGCAGAGUUUCUGCAGACUUUGUUGAAGAUGGCACCUACAGCAGAUGAAGAACUUAAGCUUAGACUGUUCAACGGUGAGCUGUCUCAACUGGGGCCUGCUGAAAGGUUCAUGAAGGUGUUGGUUGACAUUCCAUUUGCUUAUAAACGACUGGAAGCGCUACUUUUCAUGGGUACCCUACAAGAAGAGGUUACCAGUACAAAGGAGUCAUUUGAAAUCUUAGAGGUUGCUUGCAAGGAACUCAGGAAUAGCCGAUUGUUUCUCAAGCUCCUAGAAGCUGUUCUUAAAACCGGCAAUCGCAUGAAUGAUGGAACAUUUCGAGGUGGUGCACAAGCAUUCAAGCUUGACACGCUUUUGAAGUUAGUUGAUGUGAAGGGAACGGAUGGCAAGACAACACUGUUGCACUUUGUUGUUCAAGAGAUUAUCCGCUCAGAAGGUGUGAGAGCUGCACGCUCAGCAAAGGAGAGUCGGACAUUCUCCAAUAUCAGUGCCACAACUGAAGAUCUUCUUCAGGAUAUUUCCCCUGAUACAGAGGAGGAGUAUCGCAGCCUUGGUCUUCAGGUGGUUUCUAAUUUAAGCAACGAUCUAGAAAAUGUCAAGAAAGCAGCAAUUAUUGAUGCUGAUAUCUUAACGGGAACUGUUGCCAAAAUCGGGCUAUCACUGUUAAAAACCAAAGAUUUCCUGAACAAGGACAUGAUGAGUUUAGAUGAACAUAGUGAAUUCCAUGAAACGUUGAAAGGUUUUGUUCAAAAUGCUGAGGUUGAUGCCAUGUCAUUGCUGGAAGAAGAGAAGAGAAUUCUGGCUCUGGUGAAGAGCACCGGUGAUUACUUCCAUGGGAAUGCGGGCAAGGAUGAAGGCUUACGUCUGUUCAUCAUUCUGCGAGACUUCCUGAUAAUUCUAGAUAAGGUAUGCAAACAGGUGGGUGAGGCCCAAAAGAGGUCAGCAAAAGCACUGAAAAAAGAAUCUUCGUCCGCAUCAUCUCACUCCUCUCCACGCCAACAACCUUCUCCAGAUCUUCGUCAACGGUUGUUUCCAGCAAUUGCAGAGAGAAGGGAAUAUUCUAGUUCAGAUGAUGAAAGUUGACGAGUUUCAUAGGUUGCUGCUGUGUUGAAAGUUCAGGAAGUAAAUAUCUCACCGGUUACUUCCAUAGCGGGCACUCAAGCACACUUCUGUAAAGAAGGGAUACUGAGAAGCGAAGUUAACCGGUACUUGCACUCGUCUUCCUACAGGUUAUGGGGAGCGAAAAAGUAACAAUAUAAUGUCACAGUGACGGAAUUCUUCAGCGGAGGACUAAGAUAUCUGUAUUCAGAUAACUUGUGCAUUAGCAGUUAGAUACAGGUCUGCCGUUUUAGUUCAAAUUCUUUGCAUUAUUUUUUAAUAGGAUUUUGUUAAGUGAAUAAUUAGCUAGGUAGUUUAAAUUUAGAAGUUGCUAUAUUGAAUUAAAAUUUUGGAGGAAAAAGAUGUAUUUGUAUAAGGGUUCAACAUGCAUAAUUUUUUAGAUAGAAGUUGGUUUGAUGCAAUCUUGUAGAAGGAUAAUUUUUGUGGCAGCUGAAAAUUCAUAAACAGAUUAGAAAUUGUACAUUUGUUUUGACAUAUUUGGAUGUAAUUUUAGUUA